UUCAAGCUUUGAAGGCAGCUUUGGAAGUGGCUUUUACUUCGUCUCGCUCGACGUUUGAUGUUGGCGCUCAAUCAUUACAGCAACCGACACUGCACCCAUCAUUUACGCCGAAAGCUUCGCUCAUCCAAACAAAACACACGAGGACUACUAGUCGUUCUUCCCGUGCAGGUGACACUAACUCACAAUUAGAACAAGACCAACGAGCCGAAAGGGAACAUGAAGAUGAGCACAACACGAUGGGCGCCCCCCACUUACUUCUUGAACCCGAGCCGGAGCGGCCAUCUCAUGGCGAAACAGACCGGACAAUAACGGAGUCGCCCUCUACACAGCCCGAUAAGGUCGGCCUAGCUUCACAGCCAUUGUUCUUUCCUGAUCCCGAUGUCCAAGAAGGCGGAGACAACGGACAAGCUACUCGCUUGGCCGAUCAUCACGGAUCCUAUCAAGAGGAUGAGUCUGCUCGCGAACAAGUUGUCAGUGCCAUUGAUCGCAUACGUGCAUCACGGGAGCUCGAUGAAACAAGAAAACGACCCGCGAGUCAAGCGCCAUCGGCACAGACUAUUUUAAGCACAAAGGGCGCUUCGUGGAACCGUGGACGGUCUGGGAGUGGUGAUCAUCAAGAUGAUGGUCCCAGGAAGAGACUGCGUUUGGCCGAACGGGAUGGGAGAGCGAGUUUUAGGUUUACAUUGAGCCAAUAUGCGAGGGCUGGAAGCAAGGUAGCCGAGACUUCUGGGGAUCGAACUGAAGACCAUCUUCACACGGUAGACUUGGAUCCCCGACAGUGUUCAUCCGAGGAGAUUGAUGAUGCUGAAGAGCAGGACCAGUUGAUGGAAGACGAAGAGGUGGUGAACGUAACUUCAAAGACUAGACCGAGACGGAUCUCGAGCCGUACCAGCAAAACGGCCAAGGAGACUACUGUUUUACUCAACGAUGCCAUGGUUAUUGAGGACCCAGGACCCACACGCCUCCCUCCGGCACGUGAGGAACACCCAGCCCCGGAACCAGACUCUCAUGCGAUAGAUCAAGAUAUUUUUGACAUUGUUGACCUCACAGAAGAUGACGUCAGUAUGACUCUGGUGGACACCGAAGUGGACGCACCAACUACUCAUUCUCCAAAGGACCAUCUCCCGCCAGUAACCUUGCGCUGUGAUCUCAAUAAGAUCCGCCACACGUGGUUGCAUCUUGAGCGGGCUAAGCCCGCUCUUUUAGAGCUCUCCAGCACAGCUUCCCGAGUUCGCGAUGCACUAGACACGGCUAACGUGGAAAACGCGGAGGAUAAUGCCAAGGCUUCUGCUGCUCUUUCCCGGAUCAUAUCGAAGACGGACUUCAACAAGAUGCAGGUGGUUGGUCAGUUUAACUUGGGCUUCAUUGUCAUUCGGUGGCAGAAGUAUGAGGAAGGGCUGGACGAUUUGUUUGUAAUUGAUCAGCAUGCAGCGGAUGAGAAGUAUAACUUUGAGACACUCCAGCAGACGACUGUUAUUGAAUCCCAGAGGCUUUUUAGGUGUGUGUUGUGCACUGGCACAAUUGAACAACUGACUAAGGCACGAUAAAGACCCGAGCCUCUGGAGUUGACGGCUGCAGAUGAGAUUCUAGCAGUAGAAAAUAUCGAUGUUCUGAAGCAGAAUGGUUUUGAAGUUGUCCGUAAGGGCGGUAACGACGACGAUGACGAGGGCAGGCUGCAUCUUGUAGCACAGCCAGUAAGCAAGGAUACAGUCUUCGAUAUGAAAGAUCUCGAGGAGCUUAUCCAUCUCAUGCAUGACCGUCCGUAGGAACAAUGGUAAGGUGUUCCAAGGCGCGGGCCAUGUUUGCCAUGCGGGCGUGCCGCAAAAGCGUGAUGAUAGGAAAAGCAUUAAGCGCAAACAGGAUGACUUCGGUAUGCCGUGCAAG